GAUGAGCUUUCACUUGGGUACACCACCAAAAUCUGUGAAUUAAUUUCCUCAAGAAUCUUCGUAUUCUCUCAAUUUUACCAAUUUGUGAAAUUUCAAAUCUCGGAGAUUCACUUCGCAUGAAUCCAUCAAAGUUCAUGGAUAAGCAAAUCACCGAGCUUUCUCCUUCCACAAUCCACGAUUUUCCCUACUUCUCAGACCUUCAUGAAGAAGAAGACGAAGAAGAUCACCUCUUCCCCAGCUCCAAUUUCCUUCCAAUUCGCCCCCUCCCAAAUAGCAGUUCCAUGGACUGCUUUGAUUCAGCAAAGGCUGCUCAUGAGAAAGUUGGAACAUCCUAUGAUGGAGCUUUGAUUUCUGUGGUUGAUAAAAAGAUGAAGGAGCAUACAGACACUUUCCUGCAUGUUGUGGAUGGUCUAAUCACACGAUUAUCUCAACUGGAGAGCAGAACUCGCAACAUUGAAAGUUAUGUUGAUGAGCUGAAAGCGUCCACUGAAUAUAAUCAUGGGAGAACUAAUGGAAAGCUGAAGCAGUUAGAGAAUACUCUAAGAGAGGACUAAAUUCACGAAAUUUGUGCGUACAAAUUUCUGGCACGCCCGAUGGGACCUCUUUGCCUCUCAUCUCUUUUAUUAGAAGAUUGAUCUCUAUCACGUCGAUGACACCCAAAAAAACUCUAGUUGUGCAUGUCAACAAGGGCAAUGACAAGAUCAUCAUUGCACAAUUGACACAUGACACUGCUAUGGGCCCCAUGACUCGUAGCGAAGCAAAAUCGACAUCUUCACUCUCAACAAAACAAACAAGUGAGUCUGCUUAUUUGCUAAAACUGGUAAGAACACAUGAUGAGC